AACUCAAGCUGUGUUUAUUUUCUACUACGCCCUCGCUACAUUGAGGAGAGAUAAGUGGUUGGGCGUGGUAUCAUCAAAAAGGCAAGAUUAUUCUGGUCAUACUUCCACGCUUUUCUUUCAAGAUAGGAGGGGAGUCAGGUAGACAGAAGUCAACUUUCUUCCUCCCUGGACGGUAUCUUUCGGCGGCUGCACAGGUCGCAUGUCGCAAACUCGAGAGACAACUUCGAACGAUUCAUCAAACUCCAAUCGGUGUUAGAAACAAGCUAGAGCGUUUCAGUGUUCAGUAGUAUACAUACUACCGGCUUACCAAGCUACCUUUGAGCUACGGCCGGCUACAACCCCCCGAACUCGAAUUGGUCCGUUCGUCCGUCCGCCUUGUCCGUCAACCCGAACACGAUCAAGAAGAUUACAUACCCUCUCGACGACGUCCUCACAAUAGUCUGUUCUCCUUUUUCACCCACAUUCCUCGUGGGUAAUCCCUUCCGUGACCGAGUAUGGAACAAUCACCCCUUCAUGCCCAAUACGGUUCGAUGGUGUAUCCGGUCACACCCCUCUCGGCUUCCGGGACCAACGCCGCGCGGGAAGUGCCACUGCCACCAGGUGAAGGAGGACGGAGCACGGGUUACUCUCAAUUCGAGGGUGAACAUUUGAAUGAGGAUGAUGCAGAUGGGGACAGUGAGGAAGAACAUGAACGUCAAGGGAAAGGAGGAUCGAGGAGUGGUUCGGUCGAAUCGAGAGAGAAACAACAGGUGGAUGGGAAAGUACCCGUUAGAAAAAAACCAAGAAUAACUUUAGCUAGAGGAGGAGCGUGCGUCGUUUGUAGGAAUCGAAAGCUCAAAUGUACAGGGGAGAGACCAUGUAAAACUUGUCAAAAAGCUAACAUCGAAUGUCGAUAUGAAGAAAUCCCUCGUAAAAAGCCAAGAGCUGUCAUGCUCGAAGAACGCGUCGUCGAGCUGGAAGCUCUCCUGGCAAUGAGAGGCAUAGAUCAUCAUGAUUCCGAACACCGCUCCUUGUCACAAACGCUUUCCCCAUCAGAGCAAUUCUCCCCUCAUGACCACAUCUCCGCUCACAAACCAUCUUUAUCAAUGCCAAUCAUAGGUAAUCAACCUCUUCAUGUGCGAACUCCUCAACCUAUGGUCAAUUCUUCCACCGAGACCGACGUUAUACCAGGCUCUCAAUUGGAACAAGCUUUGAUACAAGUCGUCCUUCCCCAUAUGCCUUAUCUUUUGAUGCCCGUGCACCCCCAACGUUUCCUCACUUUACUCACACUUCCCGCUCAUGAUUUACAACGUCCCCAUCCUGCCUUCUUAUACAUCCUCUUCACUGAAGCUGUCAUCAUCUUAGAAAAGAACAUUCCUCCUCCUAAUCCACCCAGAUUACCACAUUCCCUCUUUCCUCAUAACUUUGACCCUCCACCUCUGCCGUUAACAGAUACGACGUGGCUUCUCCCUCAUGUUCGUGGAGCUUCACUCGCAUUCCUCGAAAGGGCGCGUAGAGAGCUCGAUAGAGGUAUACGCAAUGUCGACAGACCAUAUGAUUUGGCCCGUGCAGCAAUUGGAAUCGCUCGUCACCUUUACGGUCAAGGGAGGUUUAUCGAAGGUUGGAAUAUCCCCGUUUCUCGCCUUGUCAUAUCUUGUGGUCUACAUAGGAUGACAGGUAUAUUCGUACCUCCAGACGGAUCUGCAGGUCCCACAGAACUCAUGCCUAAACCUUAUGCUCAUCCACAUGUUUAUCUUCAUUCACAUUCUCAUCCUUAUGUUCCUCCGCACGGUCCACGUCCAUUGCCCGUGCUCAGGAUGAGACCCGUGAUCAUCCCUCCGCCAAGGGACGAGAUUGAUGUUGCGGAACGUUGCAUGACGUUUUGGAGCGCGAAACAACAGGAUUGGCAAGCUGGUACAGGAUGGGGUUGGUCCAUCAGUAUGGACGAUAAUGAAUGUACGACGGAAUUUCCUUGGGGUAGAGGAAUUGCCGAGGUGAGCUGUAUGGCAAGGGCCGUGCGUCACGAACCAUUUACCAUUCACGACCUACAUGACCCCGCUUCACCAAUCCACGGUCUACCCUUCCCUGAUACUCCUUACGUAUUAGCUGUCAAAUCCAUGGGUCUUCUUCAUCGUGCUUCUCACCUAUUCGAUCUUCCCAUAUCUAACCUCCCCAUGACGCACCACGAAACCAGAGUCUCCCCCUCUCACAUACCUCCCUUAGCGGCAGUAGUAGAAGUCGAAACUUCCCUUCGACUCUUUCGAGCUCGAAUCCCACCCGCUUUGGCAGAUCCGCCACGACCAACGGCAGGUCAAGAAGCUUACGAUGGUCCGAGUGAUCCUUGGUGGAUUCAAACGCACAUGAAUUUAUACACUGCGGAAAUGAUGAUGUGGAAAGAAAUGGCUCAUCAUCAACGACAAGCUUACGAGACUGCUGUGAGUUGUGCUAGAGCUAUAGUCGGUCUGGCACAGAGAUUAAGACCGGAAUCAUGGAUUCAUCUAGAUAUGAUAGUAGCUCUUGAUAUCUCCCUCGCUUGUCGAUUCUUAUACAAAGAAGCAGAUCGAUUAUCGUCUGCUGGUCAAGUCCAAGCUGCGUCAAUGGCUAUAGAAGAGGCAGACGUGCUUCGAGGUUGUUUAGCGGGAGAAUAUGCGAAAUGGCUUCCUAUGGCUCAACUUCACAGUCUCAUCGUCCAGCGGGUUAGGGAAGGAUGGCCAGAGAAAGAAGGGGAGUACGAGCGAGUUUGAUGUUCGGUUCUACCGCCGUUUCGACAAAGACAUCUUUGUCUUUUGGUAUUGGAGAUGUGUUCGAUUUGGAAGAUAGACGAAGAUAGAUACAGUAGCAUUGAAGGACUAUUCAGAGAAACAAUUUGUGCUGCAUCUUGGAAACUGAUUUUGGGGAUUGGGAUGAACCAUGCAUGGUUUUCGAUCGGAACGUAAGCGGGCUUCCGCCUCGUCU